GAGAUAUGGUCUCGGUUCAUGCGGAGAAAGCGUGGGAGCUUUCCAAGGGAAGUUGUUAUGUAACAGCUUCACACAUCCAUCCCUUCACCUUCUUAAAUCUCUCUCUCUCUCUCUCUCCCCCUCAUCGGUCCAUCCACCAUUGUUACUGAUGAUCUCUCUCUCUUUCUCUCUCUCUCUCUCACACACACACACUCUCUCUCUCUCUCUCUCUCUCUGCGAGAAAUUUUGAAGAAGGAAGAGUGGUCCUCAGAGGCUCUGUUUGGAUUGAGAAUGUGCAUAAGCAAUAAGAAAAAGCAGCAGGAGAAGAGGGUUUUGUAAUUAAGCGGCUUUUCCCGUCGGGGGUUAUAAUCGGAGAUAAGUAAUUUUUCACCAUAAAUGACAAUAGCGUUCACCGGCGGGUUCUUCAGUAACGGGGCGAGCACACGAUUGAUUUCCCAGAGGCGGCUCACGUCGCCGCCGCCGGUGCUCAUCGACACCCGUUCUUCGCCGUCGCCGGAGUCAGGUUCGGUGACGGAGCUCAUUGUUUUGUCCGUCACCAAGUUCCGUAAAAGAAAAGAGCUUCAAUGGCCACAAUGGACUUGCCUAAGUCUACCAAUGAUGUUGUACUAAAGGUGAGAGAAGGAAAUAGUAGCGAAUUAGAAGCUGUCGACAGAGACUACAAGGAAAAUGGGCAGGAGAUUCUUUCUCUUGAGGGCAAUGAUUCCAAGAAGAGAGGAGGGUGGAAAUUAGCAAUUCUCUUGUUAGCGAAUCAGGGCCUAGCAACACUGGCUUUUUUCGGUGUUGGAGUAAACUUGGUAUUGUUUUUAACCAGAGUUCUUGAUCAAGAUAAUGCCAGUGCUGCUAAUAAUGUUAGCAAGUGGACUGGGACUGUUUAUAUGUGUUCAUUGAUUGGUGCAUUCCUCAGCGAUUCGUACUGGGGCCGAUACUUGACCUGUGCCAUCUUUCAGUUGGUUCUUGUACUGGGUUUGGUGCUAUUGUCACUAUCAUCUUGGUUCUUCUUGAUCAAGCCCAACGGUUGCGGUGAUGGAGAAGUAAUUUGCGAGCCGACUUCUUCCAUUGGUAUUGUCAUUUUCUACUUAUCAAUAUACUUGGUAGCCUUUGGAUACGGUGGCCACCAGCCAACACUAGCCACCUUUGGAGCAGACCAAUUCAAUGAGAGGAUCCCUAAGGAUAGGACUUCAAAGGCAGCAUUCUUCUCUUAUUUUUACUUCGCACUUAAUCUUGGAUCUCUCUUCUCGAACACCAUUUUAGUUUAUUAUGAAGAUUCGGGUAAAUGGACGCUAGGCUUUUGGUUGUCAACUGGUUCUGCUAUUAUAGCCCUGCUGUCAUUUCUAAUGGGAACACCGGGAUAUCGGUAUAUAAAACCUCAUGGCAACCCUUUGCCAAGAGUUGCUCAAGUAUUUAUAGCUGCAGCUAAGAAAUGGGACGUUGUUCCCGCAGAUGCAACCGAAUUGUAUGAGGUUGAAGGAUCAGAAUCAGCCAUUAAAGGGAGCAGGAAAAUUCUUCAUAGCGAUGAUUUUGAGUUCUUAGACAAGGCAGCUACAAUGACAGAGAAAGAUGAAUGUGGCACAAAGAAUCCGUGGAGACUAUGCACUGUAACACAAGUUGAAGAAGCCAAAUGUGUUCUUAGAAUGUUCCCCAUAUGGCUAUGCACUAUCAUUUACUCAGUUGUGUUCACUCAGAUGGCUUCACUCUUUGUGGAGCAAGGAGCUGUAAUGAACUCCAACUUUGGAAACUUCCACCUCCCGGCUGCUAGCAUGUCUGUAUUUGACAUCUGCAGUGUCCUUAUCUGCACUGGAAUCUACCGGAGAAUUCUUGUCCCCUUGGCUGGGAGACUCAGUGGGAAGCCAAAGGGUUUAACCGAGCUUCAAAGAAUGGGAAUUGGGCUUGUGAUAGGAAUGCUAGCGAUGGUUGCAGCUGGUGUCACGGAGCUCGAAAGGCUUAAAAGGGUUGUUCCCACAGAGCAGAUUAGCUCUUUGAGCAUCUUUUGGCAAACUCCACAGUACAUUCUUGUUGGCGCAUCUGAAGUUUUCAUGUAUGUAGGUCAGUUGGAGUUUUUUAACGGCCAAGCUCCGGAUGGGAUUAAAAGCUUUGGAAGCUCACUUUGCAUGGCUUCAAUUUCACUUGGCAAUUAUGUUAGUAGCAUGCUGGUUAAUAUGGUGAUGGGCAUUACAGCUAAAGGUGAUAACGCCGGUUGGAUCCCGGAAGACCUUAAUUCUGGUCACAUGGACAGGUUUUACUUCCUCAUCGCAAUAUUGACUGCUGCUGACUUUGUAAUCUAUUUGGUCUGUGCAAAGUGGUACAAGUGCAUAAAUCUUGAGGGCGAUGGGAAAGAAGUUCAAAUGGAAAAACAAGGGGACGAAAUAAUCUGAAGACUUCAACUUGGUUUCCACUACUAGAAAAAAUAAAAAUCAUGGAUCGUUUUAGUCCAUUGAGUGAAUUUGAACUUCUGAUUUGCACUCAUCGCUCUGCUGUGUAUUUUCCCCGAUGGUGCUGUAUUUCUGUUAUCAUGGAAUAAUCUCAAUGGAAUAAUUAGGAUUUCCCUGUUGAGUUUGUACUUCUAUUCUAUUACUUCUCUUUUGAGUUUGUACUUCUAUUCUAUCAUGUGGCAAGAUAUUCGUAGGCAGGAUUUAUUUUUCCUCUUCUCAUAUGAGACGUUGGCGAUC